UCGAGCAGUAUAAUUCCGUGGCUCAUGUCUUUUGGCACAAGCCAAUUAGCCAAAUAAAUACAUACAAAAUCAACUACGUUAUUAUAAAUGUUAGUGUAUGCCACCGCUCACUAAGAAAUGGUGCGAGGAAAUGUAAAGAUGGGAGGGGAGAAAAUGGUUUCGGGUAGGCAACUGAAAUGACAGUUGCCAUUAGCAACAGCUGAAACUUUGCGGCUCUCCAACAAGACCCAUUGUAAAAGACUCGUUGAAGUAGUAACGUUAAGUGAACGAUACUGAUUUACGCAUCUCGAAGCUCGUAUACCUUUUUCUAAAGCCAGUCGACAUGGCAUCACCCCACAGAAGUCCAAAAGACUUAAGGAAGAUGAUAAGAGAGACCAAACUGGACAUGGACGAUGUCCACAAGUCUUUAGAGAAACUGCGUGGCCUUUCCCUGGACGAGAGGACGGAGUCAGGGAUGCUGCGGUCAAGGAUAGACGAGCAAUCGAGUUUGAUUUGCAUUUUGAAACAAAGAGCAGACGACAUGCUUCUUCGUUGUCAGGCUCUGGAGAGGAUCAACUCUGAGUUAGAAGACCUGAGAGCAGACGUACAGACCGAACUUGACAAGGAAAAGAAGAGAUCCAUGCAGUUAGAGCAAAGAUUUAUGGAUCUGGCAGCCAACCAUCAGGAGCUGAUACAUUUCAAGGACGAGUACAAAAGACAGAAUGCCAAACUAAAACAGGAGAACGAACGACUUCGGGAAGAGAACGAGAAACUUUUCUCUAAAGACUUACAAGACAAAGAAACAGUUGUUUUGAAACUAACGCAAGAACUGAGAGACCUUGCUGAGCAACAUAGAAGUCUUGAUAAUGAAUAUCAGGGAAAAACAACUGGAUUCAAGACCAAACUUAAAGGGCUCAUGGAUCUCCAUCAAACUAAGGAGACGUCCUUACAAGAUGAAUUGCAUGAUGCUCAAAGACAGCUGAGCGAUGCAGUGGAGAUGUGCACGGAACUUGAUCAACAGCUUAAAAAAGCAAGAGAAAAUGAUUCAUUGAAAGGGACAGAGAUGCAGAAACAAAUUGAGGUCUUGGCCAAGGAAAAAGACAAAUUCUUGGAUCUCUCGAUGCAAAGGGGGAAACUAAUACAGGAUAAACAGGUGGAAAUCCAGCAGUUGGAGACAAAAAGGCAAGAGGUGGAAAAAAACAGGGCUGCUGCAGAAGAAAGGUUUGAAAGAGAGGCAGCUGUGGUGAACACUAAUUUGAAAGUCAAAGAACUCCAGCAUGCUCUUGAUCAGUCUGUGAACACUUGCAACAAGCUGAAGAAGGAUUUUGACGCCUAUAAAAACCACAGCACCGACCUACUUGAAAAGGAAAAGGAAUUAAAUGCCAAGCUGCGCCAUAUGAUUGGCUAAGACUACCAUUCCAUCCACCCAUUCACUGAUGUAAUAAGAUAAGAGUAUGAAUUUGCUUCUCUCCCAGGCCCACCCAUGGCUCUGCCCAUGCACAGUCAUGUGAAAUCCAUAGAUUAGGAACUAAUGAAUUACUUUCAAUUGACUUAUUUCCUUAUAUGAACUGUAACUCAGUAAAAUCAUUGAAAUUGUUGCAUGUUGAGUUUAUGUUUUUGAUUGGUGUAUUUACAUUGUGUGCACAUGCUUCACGUGAUAGAAAUCUGAACAUACUACUUGCACUUUGAAAAUGUGGAUUCAUUAUAAUUUCCUGUGGAUAUAUUGUUUCAAAUUCAUUCCUACAUAACGACUAACCAUCCAGACAACCGGUAGAGAAAGUUCAGUUAAAAGGUAAUUUUAUCCAACAUCCAGGCUUGUAGAGGACAUGAGAGGACCAUUUCAAACACAAACACUGAAAUGUCCCAGACGGUGGAUUUAGAAAUUCUUCCGUCUGGUCCCCAGGCAAGUGUUGAGAGAGCGGCUGGGGCUCUACUGAAUGCUUUUAGGGUAUUAAACCCUGGCUUAAGAGCUUGCAGAGCCCGGUGCAGCAGCGUCAGAACCCAACAUGGUGAAUAUGGCUGAAGGUUGAAAAGAGACAGUGCACUGUAACUUUUAUAUGGAGAAGCCAUAUGAAGAUUCUGGCUUAGUUUACGUCUUUCUCACAAGAGGGCAGUGCAGGCUUUGUGUGUGUGUGUGUGUGUGUGUGUGUGAGAGAGAGAGCAUUUGACCAUUGGGACAUUGUUAUUUAUCAGGCUUGAACAUGUUGAUGUUACCUGGCUAAUUCUUCUCAUGAUAAAUUAUUGACAACUAUAUGCAGUUGAAGUCGGAAGUUUGCAUACACCUUAGCCAAAUACAUUUAAACUCAGUUUUUCACAAUUCCUGACAUUUAAUCCUAGUAUAGAUUCCCUGUCUUAGUUCAGUUAGGAUCACCACUUUUAUUGUGGAAUGUAAAAUGUCAGAAUAAUAGUGGAGAGAGGAUGAUUUAUUUCAGCUUUUAUUUCUUUCAUCACAUUCCCAGUGGGUCAGAAGUUUACAUACACUCAAUUAGUAUUCGGUAGCAUUGCCUUUAAAUUGUUUAACUUGGGUCAAAUGUUUCGGGUAGCCUUCCACAAGCUUCCCACAAUAAGUUGGGUGAAUUUUGGCUCAUUCCUCCUGACAGAGCUGGUGUAACUGAGUCUGGUUUGUAGGCCUCCUUGCUCGCACACGCUUUUUCAGUUCUGCCCACACGUUUUCUAUGGGAUUGAGGUGAGGGCUUUGUGAUGGCCACUCCAAUACCUUGACUUUGUUGUCCUUAAGCCAUUUUGCCACAACUUUGGAAGUAUGCUUGGGGUCAUUGUGCAUUUAGAAGACCCAUUUGCGACCAAGCCUUAACUUCCUGACUGAUGUCUUGAGAUGUUGCUUCAAUAUAUCCACAUCAUUUUAAUUCCUCAUGAUGCCAUCUAUUUUGUGAAGUGCACCAGUCCCUCCUGCAGCAAAGAACCCCCACAACAUGAUGCUGCCCCCCCCCCUCCCCCCCGUGCUUCACGGUUGGGAUGGUGUUCUUCGGCUUGCAAGCAUCCCCUUUUUUCCUCCACACAUAACGAUGGUCAUUAUGGCCAAACAGUUCUCUUUUUGUUUCAUCAGACCAGAGGACAUUUCUCCAAAAAGUAUGAUAUUUGUCCCCAUGUGCACAGUUGCAAACCGUAGUCUGGCUUUUUUAUGGCGGUUUUGGAGCAGUGGCUUCUUCCUUGCUGAGCGGCCUUUCAGGUUAUGUCAAUAUAGGACUCAUUUUACUGUGGAUAUAGAUACUUUUGUACCUGUUUCCUCCAGCAUCUUCACAAUGUCCUUUGCUGUUGUUCUGGGAUUGAUUUGCACUUUUCGCAGUACGUUCAUCUCUAGGAGACAGAACGCAUCUCCUUCCUGAGGGAUAUGAUGGCUGCGGGGUCCCAUGAUGUUUAUACUUGCGUACUAUUGUUUGUACAGAUGAACGUGGUACCUUCAGGCAUUUGGAAAUUUCUCCCAAGGAUGAACCAGACUUGUGGAGGUCUACAAUUUCUUUCUGAGGUCUUGGCUGAUUUCUUUUGAUUUUCCUAUGAUGUCAAGCGAAGAGGCACUGAGUUUGAAGGUAGGCUUUAAAAUACAUUCACAAAUACACCUCCAAUUGACUCUAUGUCAAUUAGCCUAUCAGAAGCUUCUAAAGCCAUGACAUCAUUUUCUUGAAUUUUCUGAGCUGUUUAAAGGCACAGUCAACUUAGUGUAUGUAAACUUCUGACCCUUUGGAAUUGUGAUACAGUGAAUUUUAAGUGAAAUAAUCUGUAAACAAUUGUUGGGAAAAUUACUAGUGUCAUGCACAAAGUAGAUGUCCUAACCGACUUGCCAAAACUAUAGUUUGUUAACAAGAAAUUUGUGGAGUGGUUGAAAAACGAGUUUUAAUGACUCCAACCUAAGUGUAUGUAAACUUCCAACUUCAACUGUAGUAACUGCUUAUUAUAGGAGUUAUUUUGAUAAAUUAUUAACAGCUAUUAACCUAAAAGAGGUUGUGAUGACAAAACAACUCCUACAAUAAGCAGUAAGAACUGAAUGUCAAAUGUCAUGUUGCGCCAGAAGAUUAUCGUCUGGCCAUCUCCCACUUUUCAGUAUAUGCUAAACUGAUUUGCAGUUCUCAAUAUAUGUUCUAUAGGUAGUAAAAAAGCCUGGUAGUAUGUGACAUACAUUAUACUGUGUUCCUGACACUUGUGAUUUGUAAAUCACACUUCAGUGCUCGUUACUUUUGAUAAAUUAGGCCUGUACGGAUAGGCAAGUAAUAGUUACUGCAGCUGUGUCUGUAAACUUUCUCUGUUCCCUUGGCGAAACAGUGCCACUAAGCGUUACUGUAAUCUGAACUCCAUCUGUGAGUGUUUGGUUCAGGACACUUUGCAGACAUCCCUGCAGGUUAUGCUGUUUUAUGGGCAGAACUUGUUAAAAGUGGAAAUGGGUGCAGACAAAUGAUCAAAUAAUUCUAUUUAGGCCUAUAAGAAACGUAAGAAAAAAGAACACACCAUGAUCUUAUGUUGUGUUACCUAAAACAACUGGUAAAUCUAUGUUUACACCACGUGUGAUCCAAUUGGCUCGUUCUGCUGUAUCUGUUUCACACAUUGAAGAUGAAACCCUUACAAGCUUCAACAAUCAAUGGUAGUGGCCCCUUUCUUGACAUUUUAACAAGUGAACUACAAGAUGACAGCCAUCUGACUUACUAAUACCAGGGUCAUCCUAAGUGGGAUAUAAACUCGGCAAAAAAAGAAACUUCCUCUCACUGUCAACUGCGUUUAUUUUCAGAAAACUUAACAAGUGUAAAUAUUUGUAUGAACAUAACAAGAUUCAACAAUUGAGACAUAAACUGAACAAGUUCCAUAGACGUGUGACUAACAGAAAUGGAAUAAUGUGUCCCUGAACAAAGGGGGGAUCAAAAUUAACAGUCAGUAUCUGGUGUGGCCACCAGCUGCAUUAAGUACUGCAGUGCAUCUCCUCCUCAUGGACUGCACCAGAUUUGCCAGUUAUUGCUGUGAGAUGUUACCCCACUCUUCCACCAAGGCACCUGCAAGUUCCCGGACAUUUCUGGGGGGAAUGGCCCUAGCCCUCACCCUCCGAUCCAACAGGUCCCAGACGUGCUCAAUGGGAUUGAGAUCUGGGCUCUUUGCUGGCCAUGGCAGAACACUGACAUUCCUGUCUUAUAGGAAAUCAUGCACAGAAUGAGCAGUAUGGCUGGUGGCAUUGUCAUGCUGGAGGGUCAUGUCAGGAUGAGCCUGCAGGAAGGGUACCACAUGAGGGAGGAGGAUGUCUUCCCUGUAACGCACAGCGUUGAGGUUGCUUGCAAUGACAACAAGCUCAGUCCGAUGAUGCUGUGACGCAACACCCCAGACCAGGACGGACCUUCCACCUCCAAAUCGAUCCCGCUCCAGAGUACAGGCCUCAGUGUAAUGCUCAUUCCUUCGACGAUAAAUGCGAAUCCGACCAUCACCCCUGGUGAGACAAAACCGUGACUCGUCAGUGAAGAGCACUUUUUGCAAGUCCUGUCUGGUCCCGCGACGGUGUGUUUGUGCCCAUAGGCGACGUUGUUGCCGGUGAUGUCUGGUGAGGACCUGCCUUACAACAGGCCUACAAGCCCUCAGUCCAGCCUCUCUCAGCCUAUUGCGGACAGUCUGGGCACUGAUGGAGGGAUUGUGCGUUCCUGGUGUAACUCGGGCAGUGUGAUGUUCGGAUGUACCAAUCCUGUGCAGGUGUUACACGUGGUCUGCCACUGCGAGGACGAUCAGCUGUCCGUCCUGUCUCUCUGUAGCGCUGUCUUAGGCGUCUCACAGUACUGACAUUGCAAUUUAUUGCCCUGGCCACAUCUGCAGUUCUCAUGCCUCCUUGCAGCAUGCCUAAGGCACGUUCACGUAGAUGAGCAGGGACUCUGGGCAUUUUUCUUUUGGUGUUUUUCAGAGUCAGUAGAAAGGCCUCUUUAGUGUCCUAAGUUUUAAUAACUGUGACCUUAAUUGCCUACCGUCUGUAAGCUGUUAGUGUCUUAAUGACCGUUCCACAGGUGCAUGUUCAUUAAUUGUUUAUGGUUCAUUGAACAAGCAUGGGAAACGGUGUUUAACCCCUUUAUAAUGAAGAUCUGAGCUGUUCUUGCCAUAAUAUGGACUUUUACCAAAUAGAGCUAUCUUAUGUAUACCAGCCCUACCUUGUCAGAACACAACUUGGCUGAAACACAUUAAGAAGGAAAGAAAUUCAACAAAUUCACUUUUUAACAAGGCACACAUGUUAAUUGAAAUGCAUUCCAGGUGACUACCUCAUGAAUCUGGUUGAGAGAAUGCCAAGAGUGUGCAGAGCUGUCAUCAAGGCAAAGGGUGGCUACUUUGAAGAAUCUCAAACAUAAAUAUAUUUAGAUGUAUUUAACACUUUUUUAGUGACUACUGAUUCCAUGUAUGUUAUUUCAUAGUUCUGAUGUCUUCACUAUUGUUCUUUGCAGAAAAUAGUAAAAAUAAAGGAAAACCCUUGAA